AUGUUUGUUCUCAUCUGGUCAACUCUGUUUUUCUCUGCAAGAGGCAGCAAUGCUGACAAAGGUGCCUCAGCCUGGGGACAACAACACUGUGAUAGAGGAUACUGUGUUACUCUGAGUGAGCGAGAACUAACAGCAGAGGCUGGACUCUGUGCUGUGAUCCCGUGUUCUUUCACUACUGCUGCUAACUUUACACUCAAACAUAUAGUUUGGUACAAAUGUGAAGCAUCUAAAAGAAGAUGUGGUGAUGCUGACAUAAUAUUUCACAGCAACAAAAACAACAAAAAAGCUCAGUCUGGGUUUGAAGGACGAGUGUCACGUUUGGAGCCUGAUAUGAGUCAGAAAAACUGCAGCAUCAUCAUUAGUGAUCUAAAAGAGUCUGAUUCUGGAUCAUAUCAGCUCAGAGUUACUGGUGUACGGGACGGAACACAAGAUGGAUUCACAUUCAUUCAGAGAGUAACUGUUUCAGUUAAAGGUAUUGAACAGAAGCCCACAGUAAUGAUUCCCACACUGACAGAGGGACAGCAGGCCACACUGACCUGCACUGCUCCUGGUCUCUGCUCUGGAUCUGUUCCUGAAAUCACCUGGAUAUGGAGAGGAGCAGGAGGGACUGAGUCUUACAUUACAGGAAACAGCACUGAUUACAAGACAGAGAAUCUGACUGAUGUUACACGGAGACACAUCUCAACUUUGACCUUUAACCCUUCAGCUGAACAGCACAACACCAAUGUCACCUGUAAAAUCCACUUCAAAGGUGAAACGACUACAGAAAAGACUUCAGGUUUGAAUGUAAACUAUGUGAAGGAGGUUUGCAUCACUGGUGCUACAACUGUCAGGGACGGUGAGGCUCUGAAUCUGACCUGCAAUGUUCACAGUUUCCCUCCAUCUCUGAUUAUUUGGUCUAAACUUGGUUCCAAUGAAACGCUUCACACUGACACUGGAUCAGCCAAUCUUGUCAUCACCAAUGUAACAGCAGGAGAUGCUGGACAGUACGUCUGCACAGCUAAAUAUAUGAACAAUACCCUGAAGGACAAAGUGAACGUCACAGUCAUAUGGUUUUCAAAGAUACAGAAGAGCUCAGGAUGUGUGCUUCAGUCAGAGGUUUUGACCUGUGUGUGUAUCAGUGAAGGGUUUCCUUUACCUACUAUCAACUGGCCGCUACUGAAGAACCACACUGAGUACUCUGUCAUUACUACUGUGUCAAACCACACAGUCAACAGCACUGUCAGUCUAGCUGUAAAAAGCCAUGGCAACAGCACUGUUGAAUGUGUGAGUAACAAUGGAAAUGGAGAAGAUAGAGAAAUCCUCCUCAUCCAUCAAAACUUGUCUGAAAAACAUGGUCAAUCAUCUGCUGUCAGGCUGGCAUACCUGAAAGUCACCAUUGCCUUUUUGACUGGGGUACUUUUUUCAGCAGUCCUUUGCUGUUUGGCAAAACAUUGCUACAGAAACAAACAAAAGACUUCCAGAAGUUUGGAGAUGAGGACACAUCAAGAUGAUAAACUGGGCUAUGAUGGUCAAGCAUUACAGGACAAUCUGACUCGUAACUCAAACAGCGGGCCAAAAGAAGUGGAGUAUGCUGACAUUAAUUUUUCCUUGUUGAAAAGAAAUGGUGCCAGAGAGGCAGCAAGGAGGCAAGAGAGCACAAAGACAGUAUAUGCUGAAAUUAAGAAAGCAGUCGAAGAACGGGAAGAUGAUGCUGAAGAGGAAGGUGAAAUGCUGGAGGCCAAAGAGGAGGAGAUGGUAGUGGAGAUGGAGAUGAAAUACCGUGAACCAGAAAAGGAGAUAGAAAUGGGAAAGGAGAGAGUGUACUCCACUGUGAAUGAUGUUACUGAUGAAAUUUGA